GCGGGGCAGUGGGAGCCUAUCCGGGCGCGGAGUCUUGCCAGACCUCCGGGGGUUUGGGGGUUUAGCAGCCACGUGAGUUUUCGGUGGUGGCUGUUACCCUCACGGUGGGCAGCAUGUCGGCGGCAGCGGCGGCUCGAAAGCGGGGAAGGUCGGCCUCGGGGGCCGGGGCCGGUGGAGGGACUGGCAAGCGGCGGCGAAAGGCCGACUCUGCCGGGGAUCGGGGCAAGUCCAAGGGAGGCGGCAAGAUGAAUGAAGAGAUCUCCAGCGACUCUGAGAGUGAGAGCCUGCCUCCCAGGAGGACUGAAGAGGAGGACGAGGAGGAGCUGGAGGAGACAGCCCAGGAGAAGAAGCUGCGCUUGGCCAAGCUCUACCUGGAGCAGCUCAGGCAGCAAGAGGAAGAGAAGGCUGAGGCUCGGGCGUUUGAGGAGGACCAGGUGGCCGGGCGCCUGAAGGAGGACGUGCUGGAGCAGCGGGGCAGGCUGCAGAAGUCCGUGGCAAAGGAGAUUCAGGCCCCAGCCCCGGCCGACAUCCGAGUCUUACGGGGACACCAGCUCUCCAUCACGUGCGUGGUCAUCACCCCCGAUGACUCGGCCAUCUUCUCUGCUGCCAAAGACUGCACCAUUAUCAAGUGGAGUGUGGAGAGUGGACGGAAGCUUCAUGUGAUCCCACGAGCCAAGAAGGGGGCAGAGGGACAGCCCCCCAGCCACAGCAGCCACAUUCUCUGCAUGGCCAUCUCCUCUGACGGCAAGUACCUUGCCUCGGGUGACCGCAGCAAGCUCAUUCUCAUCUGGGAGGCCCAGAGCUGCCGGCACUUGUACACUUUCACGGGACACCGGGACGCCGUGUCGGGGCUGGCGUUCCGCAGAGGCACCCACCAGCUCUACAGCACGUCCCACGACCGCUCGGUGAAGGUGUGGAACGUGGCGGAGAACUCCUACGUGGAGACGCUCUUCGGGCACCAGGAUGCCGUGGCUGCGCUGGACGCCCUGAGCAGGGAGUGCUGUGUGACGGCCGGCGGCCGGGACGGCACGGUGCGUGUGUGGAAGAUCCCCGAGGAGUCCCAGCUUGUCUUCUAUGGCCACCAGGGCUCCAUCGACAGCAUCCAGCUUAUCAACGAGGAGCACAUGGUGUCGGGCGCAGAUGAUGGCUCCGUGGCCUUGUGGGGCCUCUCCAAGAAGCGGCCACUCGCCCUGCAGCGUGAGGCCCACGGGCUGCGGGGGGAGCCGGGCCUGGAGCAGCCCUUCUGGGUGUCGUCGGUGGCAGCCCUGCUCAACACAGACCUCGUGGCCACAGGCUCCCACAGCUCCUGUGUGAGGCUCUGGCAGUGUGGGGAGGGCUUCCGGCGGCUUGACCCUCUCUGCGACAUUCCCCUGGUGGGCUUUAUCAAUAGCCUGAAGUUCUCCAGCUCGGGGGAUUUCCUGGUGGCUGGGGUGGGGCAGGAGCACAGACUUGGCCGCUGGUGGCGGAUCAGAGAGGCUCGGAACUCCAUCUGCAUCAUCCCGCUCCACAGGGCCCCCAGGCCCCCCGCUGGCUCCUGACUCUUCUCCCUUUUAUUUAAGUCCUUCCCAGGCCAGGCCCUGCCCUGUUUGUAUUAAAAGCCUUCUCUUUUGG